AUGCUCAUCAUGUUCGCGGCGUUCUUCAUGGCCAACUACUUCGGCAAGGGCUUCUCGAAGGUACUGAGCUUCUUCGUGACUGAGCCCAGGGUUGCGGAGCCACUCAAGCCAUUGGAGCCCGGAAAGGUCAAGGAAUCUGGAAGAAAAGAGAGGCUUGAAACAAUAGAGGAGGUCGACGAGGAGGAGGGGUCUGACGAGGUAGAGGAGCCUCCUGCGCCGGCUCCAAUUCAGCCUCAGCAAGGCGGUGGCGGAAACAGGGGGAAGAAACCGAAGAACAAGAAAAACAGGAGGAAAGGAAAACGCUGA